AUGAACCAGAGCCAGAUGCCCAUCGUGACCUCCAUCUCCCCCCAGUCUGGACAUGGUUCUGGGGGCUCGGGUGGUGUCUCUGGAGGGGGUAGCUCUGGGGGUGGGGGUUUGUGGGUGACCUCUCUCCUCGGCGCUACCCUCCUAAUCAUGCUCGCCAUGGGGGUGGCGGGUAACAUCUACACGCUCUUCAUCAUGCGUUCCGCGGCUCUCCGCCGAUCCGGCUCUAUGUACGUCUAUAUACUCAACCUUGCCCUCGCCGACCUCCUCUACCUCUCUACGAUCCCAUUCGUCAUCUGCACCUACUUUGCUCACGAUUGGUUGUUCGGCGAGGCCGGUUGCCGGGUCCUCCUGAGUCUUGAUCUCCUCACCAUGCACGCCAGCGUCUUCGUCCUGGUCGCCAUGUCGUUGGAGCGCUACCGGGCCGUGGCCAAGCCGUUUGACGCCCGACGAUCCAGCACGCGGGGACGGAAGGUAGUGGCGGCCGUCAUCUGGUUCGCGGCGUUUGUCCUGACACUACCCAUGAUGAUUAUGAUACGGCUGAGGGAAGGGAAGCCGAACGCGGCCGGGAACGUCAAGCGGAUCUGUUACCCGACGUGGACCCAAGAGGCCUUCAAGGUCUACCUCACCAUCCUGUUCCUGACCAGCGUCCUCGUACCCGGUUUAGUCAUUGUUGGUCUCUACGCUGGCCUAGCACGUCGCUAUUGGACUGCUCAGGCUAGCUUGGGAGGAAGCAGCCGUUCAGCGAGAAGACGAGGCUUAAAACAAAAGGUAGUAACAAUGAUUUUUUGUAUCGUUGUCGCGUACUGGGUGUGUUUCCUGCCUUUCUGGGGGUGGCAGUUGACGCAGUUAUUUUCCCCGCAGUCCCUCAGGGCUCUGUCUCCUGCCACUCACAGUUACAUGAAUUUCUUUGUAACGUGUCUGACCUAUGGGAAUAGCUGUAUUAACCCUUUGUUGUACACCCUCCUGACCCGGAACUAUAAGGACUAUCUGGCUCAGAAGGGUCAGAGCACAGGGUCAAGUAGGGGAGACCUGGGGUCGGCAGCAGGAGCACCCCUACAGGAUCUAUAA